CCUUGGGUGGCUGCUUUGCUCACUCAGGGAACUAAGCUGAAAAGCAGGCGUUCUUUUCAGCUCAGAUAAGCUACACCUUUCAGAGCUCUUCGGGAAUGUCUUGGGCUGAGCGACUCGGGCCUUGUCCAGCUCUUUCCUCUCAGCAGGCUCCGGCUAUGGACGUAUGUCUGAGCUCCGCGCAGCAGCCUGGGCGCCGGGGGGAAGGACUCAGCUCCCCGGGUGGCUGGUUAGAGGCUGAGAAGAAGGGGGCUCCGCAGAAAGACAGCACCGGGGCAGUCCUGGAAGAAUCCAACAAGAUAGAACCAUCUCUUCAUAGCCUCCAGAAAUUUGUUCCUACAGAUUACGCCAGCUACACUCAGGAGCAUUAUCGGUUUGCAGGAAAGGAGAUUGUCAUCCAGGAAUCCAUAGAGAGUUACGGAGCGGUGGUGUGGCCAGGGGCUACGGCUUUGUGUCAAUACUUGGAGGAACAUGCCGAGGAACUCAAUUUCCAAGAUGCAAAAAUACUUGAAAUUGGUGCCGGACCAGGCCUUGUUUCCAUUGUGGCCAGUAUUUUAGGAGCUCAAGUCACAGCAACAGAUUUGCCUGAUGUCCUGGGAAACCUUCAAUACAAUCUUUUAAAAAACACACUACAAUGUACAGCACAUCUGCCUGAAGUGAAAGAACUGGUGUGGGGGGAAGACCUGGACAAAAACUUUCCCAAGUCAGCUUUUUACUAUGAUUACGUCCUAGCCUCGGAUGUGGUCUACCAUCACUACUUCCUGGACAAGCUGCUCACCACCAUGGUGUACCUUUCCCAGCCAGGGACGGUGCUGCUUUGGGCAAACAAAUUCAGGUUCAGCACCGACUAUGAAUUUUUAGAUAAAUUCAAGCAAGUUUUUGACACAACACUGUUGGCUGAAUAUCCAGAGUCAUCAGUCAAACUUUUUAAGGGGAUACUAAAAUGGGACUAAAUCCAACAAAAUGCCUUUCACAACGUUACUGUGUCUUUUGAGCAAUGUGUUAGAAAUUGCUUUGGUAAUAGACUUCUUUCAUAGGAUUGAGAAGGUAGUGCA